UCUCGAAUCGAGAGUGCCACAAAAGUGUUUUAAAAUUUAUUUUAGUAUUUAUUUGCAGUCUCUUUUGUUAGUUUUAUAUUCGCCAAAAUGGCGGUGUCUGUGCCACUUCCCGGCGACCAUUGGACAGUGGUGAUAAGGGAAACUCUCAAGCCCCUUCCAGAAGAUAAGGCAGCCAAGGCCUGCUUUAAGGUCAUCCGCUUCUUAUAUCCACCCUUUGCCAUCGGCAUGGUGGACGUCAUUCCCGUGGUGAAUGAUCCCGAUCCCGAACCCGAUUUCGCCAACAUUUUCCUGGCGCUUGGGAUCGCUUUUGUGCUUGGCUUAUUGCUUGGCUAUGUGAUCUACAGACGCAAGUUUCCGCUGAAACCCUCGCCACCCGUCGAAAAUCGGCAGAUGGAGCGUAGGGGAUUCUGGGACGACCCGAUUCUCAUUGCUCGCAUGCCCGAUGCACCCAUUCCGUCUCGUAGCUCUGGUGGGACUGCCGGUGCGGAGUAUCUGCGAACUUUAGACAUGCACAGCAGGCAGGCGGCAGAAAGCGACAACGAGGAUCGAGUUUACCGAAACGUCAGUGAAGAGGAUCAGCCAGGAGCCAGUCACGUUCGCAGUCAGAGUGCCGGUCCGAGUGCCAGUCCGAGUGCCGGUCCGAGUGCCGGUCCGAGUGCCGGUCCGACUGUCAGUCACAGUUGCAGCUCGCUUGCCGGUCCAAGCGCCGACCAGAACUACCAGAAGACUACCAUUCCAUAAAAAUAACUUAUCGAACAUGAAUCAUCGAUCCAAAAUCCAAAUUCUACCUUCAAACUGAUCACAAAACAGAGCUCAAUGCGGGAACUAAGCUUGAAUAAAACACUUAUCGUAGAACCA